UGUCAUUAAAUGAUUAGUUUAAUUGUCGAGUUGAAUGCAUAAACAAAACUAAUGAAGUGACACUAAUCAGCCAAGAAAUAAGCUUAGCUGAAAAAAUAGCCAGAAGAAAAAGCUAGCUACAAAAGAGAAAAUAAUAGAAAAGUGUUUGGCUUUUUGACAAGAUUAUUCUCUUACUCAAAUUAUUUUGUCUCAGUUCAAUUUUAUUUUCAAAAGUGAUUUUCUGUUGAUUAUUCAGAUUAAUUUGAUUUUUUCUUGUGUUCUACACCAAUUUAACUAUCAACAUCAUGUUUCGUGUUUUUUGCAACGGUUGUUACACUUUGUACUCUAAGGAAAAAUUGUUUUCAUUAACAAGUUGUGGCCACAUCUAUUGCUCAGCUUGUCUUCCUCAUGGGAAUCGAGCCACCUGUAAGAUAUGCAAGAAGAAAUUCGCCAGAGUAAAUAUCUCUAGAAAUAUGCCGGAAGGAACACAGAUGCUGUUCAAAGAUUUGAGGAAAACCUAUCAGAGUGUCCAUAAGGUGGUACGGUUUCAAUGUGACCAAAACGAUCAAUUUACUCUCCAUUUACUUAGAGAGAAUGAACGUUUGAAACGAUUGGUAUCAUGUUUCAAAAAACGGGCGAAUUACCUGUUAAAUCAUCUUAGCGGUUCUAAUUCUGCGGAAAUUACAAGACGGAUGUACACCACAAUCAAGCAGGAACCAGUUGAUACUUAUACCUCUAGUGAAUAUUUUCUACCUGAAGAUUGCAAUGAAAAUCACGACGAAGAAAUGAAAGAAAAUGUGGACAAAAACGACCAGCUAGCAGGAGUCGAUUGGAACGAUAAUAUAGACAUUAAUGACGAUAAAGCUGCUUUGCAAAAAAAUCUCAUCAACAAUCAUUUGAUGUCUUUUAAAAACUACCCUGGCCCAUCGACACACCAAGGAGUCGGCCAAGUUGGCCUUUCUCAAGAAAUGAAACCAUAUGGACUUGGCAUUAAUAUGAAUAAAAACCUCUCAGAGAUGAUGGAUAAAUCUAACUAUUUGUCUAAUUACCAAAAUUCAACUCAGUGGAACCAGCCAAACCAGUUGAAUCGGUUGGGUCUCGAUUCUGGUGUUAAUAAAUUUUCCAACAUUCCAACUCGACAAACUACAAUUGAUCAAUUUCUUUCUCGUGGAAAUAAUCUAAUCAAUAAUGUCAAUCAUUUUCCUCUAAUUAACCCAUCAAUGUGUAACAUUGGACCAGGAAACUAUCCAAAUACAGUUUUAUCAACUCGAUCCAUCGAUUCAAAGACUGUCAACAACCCGUUCACUUCCAAUCAAUGAAGACCAAACAAAAAACUUGCUGGAUAAAAAAUUAUCCCAUCUAAAAGAUCAUUUUUUGAAAUUUAUAUCUCUUAUCAUACAAUCAAUCUUUAUUUGGCGUUUUCAUAUUAGACAAACUACAUGGUUAAUUAAAAGGAAAAUUUCCAAUGUAAAAGUAGAGUUCAGAACUCUAUUUCCAAUUCAUCAUUAUUUUUCUGUUUUUCUCGAUUCAUUAUGUUCAUAAAAUCUUUUCUUUUUCUUCUCGAAACACAUUUACUCGAAACCGAUACAUGUUUCAAUUAAAAUUUCUUUGUCAAAAAAU